AUGGGCCAAUCAGGGCCAGACAGGGGAGAGCUUCAAUGGCUUGGCAACGGCUACACAUCCCAAUACCGGCAAACCAUCCCCAGCUCAAUUCCCCCACACCAGAACAAACAAAUGGAGUCUCCGUCGCUUGAUGAGAAAAUCGUAUUUUUUGAUCAACUUGAUGCGCUCGAAAAUGUAAGCGAUGCCGACGACGAGGUUAAUCAGAAGGAACAAGACCAUCGGAACAAGUACCGUACCACUUCAUUCGUGGAGGAGACGCCCGUUCCAGAUACUGUUCGUCCUCUGCCUGCAACUCUCUGGAGGAGCACAACACUUCCACUGCCUGCUACUGCUACUUCAGCAGCCGAGCAGUCUCCCUUAGCAAGCACCGCCUCGAGGAAGCGCAAGCGGCAGCCUUCGACCAAAUCAGUGCCCGAAUCCGCCCAGGUAUUCCGGGGGCUUUCAUUCUACUACAUUCCGAACAAUGACAUCGCUCCUGCAAGGAAGCUGCGCAUUGCCAAGGCCCAAGAGUACGGCGCUCGAUGGGUUCGGGACUUGGUAGAUGCCAGUCAUGUCAUCGUCGACAAGCACCUGGAACACAAAGACAUCGAGAACAUCCUCGGUGCUGAGCCCGCAGCGUCCCUAGUCAUUGUCAACGAGGAGUACCCUAUUGACUGCAUCAAGUUUCGUACACUGCUCAACCCCGACCAGCAGCGCUAUAGGGUCGCAGGUCGCCUUUUCGUCACGGAGAAGGCCACCGCUCAAGAAAUACCACCUGUGUCAUCACAGAUUUCCGAGCGCUCAUUGCAGGUUAAGCCGGUCCCAACAUUCAAGAGACGAGACUCCGAGGAGACCCCACCGGGAAGCGAACAGUCAUCUUUGCGAAGCGAAUCCCGCGUUGUAGAGGAACCUUCCAAGAACCAGAACUCGAAUGUCGCCCAAAGUCCAUUCCCGCAUGACCGUUCGCCGCCUCGCCGAAGGUCGAGUACUACAGACGAGCUGUCGGAGUAUAUCGAACUCCUGCAGCAGUACAAAGGCCUUCCCCUGGACCAAGAGGAUGACGAUCUCCAGCCCGGGAAGGGUGCUCAAGAGGCAAUCUCAGACUCUGAUUUGAAAGAAGGGUCCGCGGAUGAACCAGCCGGGAAGAGGACGGCCAGAACCCGCCGCGGUGCGCGAAAAGAGACCUGCUUCGAGGACCGCUUCGCUUGCAACCGCGGAGGGACCAAAGACAAGUCUGCCGAGGCCCAAAACCCGAAUUCGAGGACCAUUAAAGUCCUCCAAAGCAUGUGCGAUUAUUACGAGCGAAUCAACGACAACUGGCGUACAAUCGCCUACCGCAAAGCCAUCACCACCCUCCGCCGCCAGACGGUCAAAAUCACGACCGAGGAGGAAGCCUACCGACUCCCCAACAUUGGUCGCCGCCUUGCUGCAAAAAUCGAAGAAAUCGCCUGCACCAACAAGCUUCGCCGCCUCGAAUACGCCAACGACGAGCCACUUGACCAAGUCCUUGAGGUCUUUCUCAAGAUCUACGACGUUGGCACCAGCCGGGCAAACAAGUGGAUCUCUCAGGGGUUCCGCACCCUCGACGACCUCCUCAAAAAAGCGGACCUGACCCCCAACCAGCGCAUCGGCAUCGAGCAUUACGAGGACCUGAACACGCGCAUCCCCCGUGAGGAAGUCACGGCUCUCUUUGCAUACGUCCAGCGCGAGGCGGCGCAGGUCGAUUCUGCUGUUGAGCUGCUUGUUGGCGGGAGCUACCGCCGCGGGUCGGAGAGCUCAGGAGAUAUCGACAUCAUUGUGACCAAGAAGGGCACAAACUCCUCGGCCGAGCUGGUGCCGUUCCUGGAGGAACUGGUGGCCAUCCUUACGCGCAAGGGCUUUCUCGUGGCUACUCUUGCCGCGCUGCAUGCGCAUCGCCCGGGGAAAGACGGGCCGGGCAGUAAAUUGCUUGGGUGUUGCGUGCUUCCUCGGGAAUCGACAGACGACGAAUCGGGAGGUGCACCGAGAAGACAGAUUUGGCGGCGCAUCGACUUCCUACUGGUUCCAGAGUCUGAGUACGGGGCAGCGCUGAUUUACUUUACGGGCAACGACAUCUUCAACCGGAGCAUGCGGUUGCUGGCGUCCAAAAAAGGAAUGAGAUUAAACCAAAACGGAUUGUACAAGGAGAUUAUGAGGGGCAGAAACAGGGUCAAAGUCACUGAGGGCGAGCUUUUAGAAGGGCGGGACGAGAAGAGGAUCUUUGAGCUGCUUGGGGUCAAGUGGCGCGAGCCGUGGGAGCGGUGGUGUUGAGGAUUUGGAGACUAAUGAAUUUAUGUGAGAUACCCCAGAUUUGGCGCAUGGUAAGAAAACAAGAGCAACAGCUUCUUGCCACGUUGUCUGAGGGUCGGGGUGAGAUUAGAAGCGCCGUGCCGAAUCUCGAACUUCUGUGAGUCACCUGGCUCAGCGAUUUGGGUGUGACUGACUGCUUUUGUCAUCCUCAGAUAGGUAAUUUAGUAUUAGGUCGAGUCCAAGCAAAAAGUACGCCUCCCUGGAUAUCUUCCAACAGUCCCAUCGAUAAUAGCAGUCGAAUACAAAGUGCCUCCCUCCGUAUCAGCCCAUCUCGACAAGCAGUCCAGUCGUUUAUGCUCCUCCGUAACCCAACGCUAACAAGCAAGCAUCAGGCCGCUCAUACUAACAAAGACCAG